UUUGUUUUGUUUUGUUUUUCGAGACAGGGUUUCUUCCUAGCUUCGGAGCCUGUACUGGAACCAGGUCUUGUAGCCCAGGGCUGGCCUCUAACUCACAGAGAUCCGCUUGCCUCUGCCUCUCAAGUGUUAGGAUGUAUGCACCACUACCGCCUGGCCAGCGGCGGGUUUCUUUCACCCACCCUCGAUGGACCACAGGAUGGGUGAGCCGCUAGUACAGUCACGGCUGUUUGGGGACGGGAGAAGUACCUACGACCUGUACGGACUAGUUGGGAGGAUAACGUCUAAUUCGAAAAGCCCACAACCACCGGAAAGGGAUAACCCUGGUGGGUGGGCUAGUUUAUGCGGAAGCGGAAGUAGAAUACCGGAAGCUGCGACGACUCCCGCAAUGGCCGAAGUACUGUCGGUUACGGCGGAUUCCGUGGCUCGCUGCCAGGCGCGGGCAGCACACAAAGUGCUGAAUCAGGUGGUCCUCCCCGGGGAGGAGCUGGUGCUGCCGGAGCACGACGACGUAGACGGCCUCGGCGGCGCCGGGGAGCAGCAGUUACGUCUCAAUGCGGGGACGCGCCCGCGGAUGCGCGUCAUUUGUGGCCCGGGUUUGCGACGCUGCGGGGACCGCCUGCUGGUCACCAAGUGUGGCCGCCUGCGUCACAAGGAGCCCGGAGGAGGCAGCGGUGGAGUUUACUGGGUGGACUCUCAACAGAAGCGGUAUGUACCGGUGAAAGGAGACCAUGUGAUUGGCAUAGUGAUCGCUAAAUCUGGAGAUAUAUUCAAAGUUGAUGUUGGAGGGAGUGAGCCAGCCUCUCUGUCUUACUUGGCAUUUGAAGGAGCAACUAAAAGAAACAGACCAAAUGUUCAGGUUGGAGAUCUCAUCUAUGGCCAGUGUGUGGUUGCUAAUAAAGACAUGGAACCAGAGAUGGUCUGUAUUGACAGCUGUGGACGGGCCAAUGGAAUGGGUGUGAUUGGGCAGGAUGGUCUGCUCUUCAAAGUGACUUUGGGCUUAAUUAGAAAGUUAUUAGCUCCAGACUGUGAAAUCGUGCAAGAGCUGGGAAAACUCUAUCCACUGGAGAUUGUGUUUGGAAUGAAUGGAAGGAUAUGGGUCAAGGCAAAAACCAUUCAGCAGACUUUAAUUUUGGCGAAUGUCUUAGAAGCUUGUGAACACAUGACAACAGAUCAAAGGAGACAAAUCUUUGCCAGAUUGGCAGAGAGUUGACAGAGCACCUUUAAUGGCUCAUUUUAGUCAAGACUGUUUCCUGGGGAAAUCUUUUUUUCAGAUGAAUUGCUUCCUGUCAGAUCUUUAGAAGAUGCAUAUUGUCUUACUAGAGUCCAAUAAAAUAUUUUUCUAAGA